CAAGGAAAAAAAUUAAUAAGAAGUCAACCCAUAAAAACAAGGAGAAAAUAUGUAGGAAAUGUUCAAACAUCUCCAUAUUUUAUGAAAAAGUAAAAUUUUAAAUUUUCUUUAAAUAUGAUUUAAUAAUUCUCUUGAAAGUCUUCGUGGAUUCCACUCCAUAAAAAUGGAAUCAAAUAAUCAUAAAAUAUCUAAUAAAAUCUAUUAUUAGAGAUUUUUGCUAACAUAACUUGAAGCUCUUUCAUUCAUUAUUACAAGAUCUUGUUUGGUUGUAAGGAAAAAAAUUAAUUUUUUUUAAUAAACCCAAGAAUAUGAUGAAAUUUUCUCUUUUAUUUUGCAGGAUUGAGAUUAAUAAUUAGUAAUUUUUUUUAUUGAAAUUAAGAAAAAAUAAAAAUUGGGUAUUUUGUUGAUCAAUCAAAAUGUCAAUGAAGAUGAAGGGACUUCUUAGAGGUCUAAGAUACAUUUCAACAAUAUUUGGAGAUUUUACAUUUCCAAAAAUAUUAUCAAAAAAAUGCAGAUGAAGAACAAGAGCAAGAAAUGCAAAUUGGGUUUCCUACUGAUGUUAAGCAUGUUGCCCAUAUUGGAUGGGAUGGUCCAACUGCUAAUUCUCCUAGCUGGUAGUUUUAAAGAGGGAGAUUCAGAAGGAGGAGGAGGGGGAGCACCUGUAAAUGAUUUAUGUCUAGGUGAUCAACAAAAUAUCACUAGGUCGAGGGACCUACGGCCCUCAAUAGGCAUAGACACGCCGCCCCUUGACUCUCCCUCUCGACGAAGGUCAGAAAAAGUCAAAGGGUCGAGGCGUGCCAGCUCAUCCUCAACUACUGACUCUCCUAAAAAGUCAACAUCAGAAAACAAAACAAACCAACAAGUGGGUUCUGGCUUAGAGGGUGACUCAACCUCAUCAGCAAGCACAAAGUCCACCACACGGCGGAAGAAGCCUAAGAGUGGCCCAUCCAGCGGGCAGUCCUCUUCUCGGGCUUCAACCCGGUCCAAGCCAUCCAGCAUUUUGAACUUCUCGGAUCCUGGGACCGGAGGAGGAAUCAGCAGCAGUAAUAAGCCUAUAAAAUCAGCACCAGGCGCAGAACAAACCGAAGGUCGUAGGAAUAAAGGCAAGGACACAUGCCAAAGUUCUGUUCUAAAAGUUUCAUCAGAGCAAGAAGAUCAGAAGUCAUUGGAUGAUAUUUCUAGAGGAAUUCAUGCUAUGUGAUGAUAUUAUUAGUUCUUGUGAUAUGUAUAUGUUUUUGUAGACCAAAAAGAAACUUAUUUUUGUCAAGCUUUGGUGUAGAUUCUCAACUAUUGCUUUGCAACAAGAGAUUGAUAGUUGUAUACUUGUAUUCUUUAAUUGAAGAAGUAAAUAGAAAAUUAACCAUCUUAGGCAUGACUCAUUAUUCAUUUAAAGCACAUGUAAUUUUCCCACC